UGUGACGUUGCCGGAGGAAACAGCUGCAUUGCAACUAGAACAGGCUGCUCAGUGCCAUACCGAGCGCUGCUCUGCACAACACCGGGCUGUUGCACUGCCGGCUGAGAAGGGCUGCUCUUGGGGAAGAGGCCUUGGCAGGACAUCUUCCUCUUCCUCCUCCGCUGAUUCCGACCCUGAAGCCAUGGCGCCCUCCGGAAAGGCUGGCCGGUACCGGGGCUCCGUGAAGGAGUUCCCCAACUUCAACGCAAGCCAGGACGCAGAGGCGCUGUACAACGCUAUGAAGGGCUUUGGCAGCGACAAGGAGGCCAUCCUGGACCUGAUCACAUCCCGGAACAACAAGCAGCGAUUCGAGAUCAGCCAAGCCUACAAAUCGCUGUAUGGAAAGGACCUGAUCGCAGACCUGAAACGGGAGCUGACGGGGAAAUUUGAGAGGCUGAUUGUGGGUCUGAUGCGGCCCCUGGCGUACUUUGAUGCCAAGGAGAUUAAAGACGCGCUGCAGGGCAUCGGCACCGACGAAAAGUGCUUGAUUGAGAUCCUGGCAUCCCGGACCAACCAGCAGAUACACAAUUUGGUGGAAGCCUACAGGGAUGCCUACGAGAAGGAGCUGGAGGCGGACGUCCUGGGAGCCACCUGGAGCCAUUUCAGGAAGAUGCUCAUCGUUUUGCUUCAGGGCACCCGGGAGGAGGACGACGUUGUGAGCGAGGACCUGGUGGAGCAGGAUGCCAAGGAUCUGUUGGAAGCCGGCGAGUCGAAAUGGGGCACAGACGAGGCCCAGUUCAUCUACAUCCUGGGAAACCGAAGCAAACAGCAUCUCCGGCUAGUCUUCGACGAGUUUCUGAAGAUUUCCGGGAAGCCCAUUGAGCAGAGCAUCCGGGGCGAGCUGUCCGGGGACUUUGAGAAGCUGAUGCUGGCCGUGGUGCAGUGCAUCCGGAGCACCCCCGAGUAUUUUGCUGAAAGGCUCUACAAGGCCAUGAAGGGUCUGGGAACCAAGGACAACACGCUGAUCCGCAUCAUGGUAUCCCGCAGCGAGAUCGACAUGCUGGACAUCCGGGAAGUGUUCAGGACCAAGUACGAGAAGUCCCUGCACAGCAUGAUCAAGGACGACACGUCCGGCGAGUACAAGAAGGCCCUGCUGAAGCUGUGCGGGGGGGAUGAUGACGCCGCAGGUGAGUUCUUCCCCGAAGCUGCGCAGGUGGCCUAUCGGAUGUGGGAGCUUAGUGCUGUGGCUAAAGUAGAGCUGAGAGGAACCGUGCGCCCGGCGGCAGUCUUCAAAGUGGAUGAUGAUGUGAAGGUGCUGAGGAAGGCCAUGAAGGGACUUGGCACGGAUGAAGGCGCCAUCAUCAAUGUGGUCACGCAGAGGAGCAACGCCCAGAGACAGGAGAUCCUGAAAACCUACAAGUCUCACUUUGGCAGGGAUCUGAUGGCCGAUCUGAAAUCCGAGCUCUCGGGGAGCUUGGCGAAGCUGGUCCUGGGACUGAUGAUGACCCCGGCUCAGUUUGAUGCCAAGCAGCUGAAAAAGGCCAUGGAGGGAGCUGGCACGGAUGAGAGUAUUCUCACUGAAAUCUUGACCACGCGGAAUAAUCGGGAGAUCCAGGCAAUUAACGAGGCAUAUAGAGCAGCCUAUCACAAAUCUCUGGAGGAUGCGCUGAGCUCCGACACAUCAGGACAUUUCAAGAGGAUCCUUGUCUCCCUGGCUCUGGGCAAUCGCGACGAAGGAGAAGAAGACCUCGCGCAAGCUCACGAAGAUGCCAAGGUGGUUGCUGAGAGCCUGAAACUCUCUGACGUUUCCAGCGGUGACUCCACAUCUCUGGAAACCCGUUUCUUGAGCAUUUUGUGCACCCGGAGCUUCCCCCAUCUCCGGAGAGUGUUCCAAGAGUUCAUUAAAAUGACCAACCACGACGUGGCGCACACCAUCCGGAAGCACAUGUCUGGAGACGUGCGGGAUGCCUUCGUGGCCAUCGUUCGCAGUGUCAAGGACAAGCCAGCUUUCUUUGCUGACAAGCUCUACGACUCAAUGAAGGGCCUUGGCACCGAUGACAGAACCCUCAUCAGGAUCAUGGUGUCGCGCGUGUUCAAGGAGAUGCACGAGAAGUCCCUGCACCACAUGAUUGAGAAGGACACCUCCGGCGAUUACUGCAAAGCGCUGCUGGCCAUCUGCGGAGGGGACGACUAAGUUGCCCUGGAAGCCCUGUGGAAGCCCGUCCCUGUGUCUGAGCCGUCACGCACACACAGCCUAGAUGUCACUGUAGCUUUUAGGGGCUUCGGAAGACGUUCGGUUCCACUUGGAAGAAGAUUCACCUUGUGCUAGAAAAACUCGCCACAGAAGAGCAUAUAACAUCACAGGCAGUGGAGCCCAGCGGGGGUGGGGGGUUGAUAGGAGGGAGUGGGGAGGGGCUUUACACUCUGAAAUGGUGCAAGAUGACUCGUGUCCAAAUGUGCCACUAACCCAGGAAGUUACUGUGAGAUAAGAAAUGAUUUAAGCCACAGAAAUAAAAACUUAAUGAUGCUGACUGUG